CUCACUCUUGCUCUCUGGUUUCCCGGCGACAGAGAAGGAAGUAGAAGAGUAGAAGGAAGAAAUUUCUCUGCUUCUACGGAAACUCUUCCCUUCCCUUCCCAAUUUCCGUGAUCAACAGAAAUUCUUCACACCACUUCCUCAAUAACAAUCCUCCAUGAAUUCUCUCUAGCCCCUGUAAUUUUUCUCGUCUAUUCUCUUUCACAAGCAAUAGUAGUAGAAAGUGACUGAAAAUGGACAAACAUUCCGGGGAUUCUUUGCCUGCUCAUGGUGUUGUAGGCCUAUCUGAGAUUUCCUCACUUAAUAUUCCAAAAAAGGUGGGAAGCAGUGCAUGGGGAAUACCGCAUGCGACUAAUGUAUUUCAUGAUUCAAGUGAUGUUAGCUUCUUUUCUAGUUCACUGCCUGUUCUUCCACACGAAAAGUUAAAUUUGACUGAUUCUGAGCAUCAUGAUCAACCGGUUGAUGAUAACUUGCUGACAUUAGAUAAAGUUCACAAAGAGGAUGAGGGACAUGAUCCUUUCAUUGAUUUUGAAACCAAUGCAAUUGGAAACAUGCUUCCUGAUGAUGAAGACGAGCUUUUAGCUGGGAUAAUGGAUGAUCUUGACCUUAGUAGGUUGCCCAGCCAACUGGAGGAUUUGGAUGAAAAUGAUCUGUUUAUCAAUGGAGGGGGGUUUGAAAUGGACUUUGAACCCCAGGACAGCCUUAGUAUUGGUAUGUCAAAAAUAAGCAUGUCAGAUUUAGUUGCGUCAAAUGGUAUUGGUCAUUAUGCAAUCCCAAAUGGCGUGGGAACAGUGGCUGGGGAGCAUCCCUAUGGAGAGCAUCCAUCAAGGACAUUAUUUGUUCGAAACAUCAACAGUAAUGUCGAGGACUCUGAAUUACGAACACUGUUUGAGCAAUAUGGGGAUAUCAGAACUUUGUACACAGCAUGCAAGCAUAGGGGCUUUGUGAUGAUAUCUUACUAUGACAUUCGAGCUGCUCGAACUGCAAUGCGCGCUUUACAAAACAAGCCAUUGAGACGAAGAAAACUUGAUAUCCAUUUUUCAAUUCCUAAGGAUAACCCCUCGGAAAAAGAUAUUAACCAAGGAACCCUUGUUGUGUUCAAUUUAGAUCCAUCAGUAUCGAAUGAUGACCUUCGUCAAAUAUUUGGGGCUUAUGGUGAGGUCAAGGAGAUCAGGGAAACACCACACAAGAGACACCAUAAAUUUAUUGAGUUUUAUGAUGUUAGAGCAGCAGAGGCAGCUCUUAAAGCAUUGAAUCGGAGUGAUAUUGCUGGGAAACGCAUAAAACUUGAACCCAGCCGCCCUGGUGGAGCGCGUAGAAAUGAUGCAUUUUCUCUUGUUAGCUUGAUGCAACAACUGAGUCAAGAACUGGAACAAGAUGAAGCUCGAACUUUUAGGCAUCAAGUAGGUUCACCUCUGGCCAGUUCUCCUCCGGGUAACUGGGCACAGUUUGGUAGUCCUGUUGAACACAAUCCAUUAGGUUCUUUUAGCAAGUCCCCUGGUUUGGGUCAUGCCAGCCCUAUGAAUAUUAACCAUUUGUCUGGAUUGGCUGCAAUUCUUUCUCCGCAUGCAUCAACCUCUACCAAGAUUGCACCAAUUGGCAAGGACCCUGGCAGGGCUGCAAAUCAGAUGUUUGCAAACUCUGGUUCAACACAAGCAGCAGCUUUUCAGCAUUCUAUGUCCUUUCCUGAGCAAAAAGUAAAUGCCAGUCCUAGGCCUAUAUCUACUUUUGGUGAAUCAAAUUCAAGUUCAUCAAGUAUUGGAACACUGUCUGGUCCUCAAUUUCUUUGGGGGAGCCCAACUCCUUAUUCAGAGCAUUCAAACACAUCUGCCUGGUCUUCAUCUUCUGUGGGUCUUCCAUUUACUUCUAGUAGCCAAAGGCAGGGUUUCCCAUAUACUAGUCACCGUGGUCCUUUUCUUGGCUCCCAGCCCCAUCAUCAUGUAGGAUCUGCUCCAUCUGGCCUUCCUCUUGAUAGGCAUUUUAGUUACUUCCCAGAGUCCCCUGAAACUUCUCUCGUGAACCCGGUUGCAUUUGGGAAUUUGAAUCAUGGUGACGGGAAUUUUAUGGUGAACAUGGGUGCUCAUGCAUCUUUAGGAGUUGGUGUUGGCCUUUCAGGAAAUACCACUGAAAUUAGUUCACCAAGUUUCAGAAUGAUGUCACUGCCUAGGCAUGGUUCCUUGUUCCUUGGAAAUGGUUCAUAUUCUGGACCAGGAGCAACUAACAUUGAGGGAUUAGCUGACCGUGGACGAGGCAGGCGACCUGAUAAUAAUGGGAACCAAAUUGAUAGUAAGAAACUGUACCAGCUUGAUCUAGACAAAAUCAUCAGCGGUGAAGAUACAAGGACUACUUUAAUGAUUAAAAACAUUCCUAACAAGUACACUUCGAAGAUGCUGCUUGCUGCAAUUGAUGAGAAUCACCGGGGUACUUAUGACUUUCUCUACUUACCAAUUGACUUUAAGAAUAAGUGUAAUGUGGGUUAUGCUUUCAUCAAUAUGGUGUCUCCUUCACACAUCAUCCCCUUCUAUAAGGCAUUUAAUGGGAAGAAGUGGGAGAAGUUUAAUAGUGAAAAAGUUGCAUCAUUGGCAUAUGCACGGAUACAAGGAAAGGCUGCGCUUGUAAUGCAUUUUCAGAAUUCGAGCUUAAUGAACGAGGAUAAGAGGUGCCGGCCAAUUCUCUUUCAUUCAGAGGGCCAAGAUACUGGUGACCAGAACUCAAAUAAUAAGUUGAUUGAAUGGUUUCCGAGAUGGUAUUGAGGAUUGCUUGAUUGUGAUGUCACAUUUAAGUAGUCGAUUUUACUUUGAGAUGCAACAGGAAACCGAUAAGUUGUUACACUAUACUUUUCUUAUUUAUGUAAAAGCUAGAAUAAUUGAUCAAUUUAUUUCUUUAACAUUUGAUUUCAAGUGCUUGUCUGACUACUUUUCUCUGCUUACCAUCUAGGAACAUUUUCUAUCCAGCAAUUUGAAUAUAUGCAUUCGUCAACCAGAUGGGUCUUACUCUGGUGAUUUGUUGGAGAGCCCCAAGGGCAAUUUGGAUGAGAAGCUAGAGAAAGAUUAACCAUUUGUUAAUAAUUGUUCCUAGCCAUAAUGAAUGGGGUCUAGGAGUGCUAACUACUGCAUAGGCGAUCUUAAGGUGUACAAAGCUGAUUCAUCAAAAAAAAAAAAAAAAAAAAUGGUGUAUAAAGAUGAAGGGAGCAGCCCAGUUUAUCAAUGGUAGGCGAGACUGAAUGUUAAUAGUUCAUAAUAAUCAUAAAAAUUGCAGGGAGCAAUUUGUUGAUCUGCAGAGAAACAAUUAUUACACAACCAGUGGAAAAGAAUAACUUGGAGUGUAUUGCUGGAUAUAUGUUUCUACAGCAUGCAUGCCAGAUUGUGCAGGAUGACUCUCUCUGGGAUUUGUUAUUUUUUUCUUCCUUUUUGAAGAUGUUGUGGCCUCUUGCGGUAUGAUUAAUGUGUAUAUGGGGAAAAAAAAAAAAAAACCAUUGUGGACAAAAAGUUUGUAUAGAAGGGAAACAAGGAACUAUGCUGCUUGUCAUUGUUGUUGUCAUGUAAGCAAAAACACGUGAAUGUCUGUAAAGAUGCGGACCAGUUUCUUGCCAUUGCAUUCAUGUCAGAAUAUUGUUAGUGAAAGACUAAGUAC